AUGUUGGCGCGUCUUUUUUCACCCACACGCGAGCGGUUCUGCCUACUGUCGAAGCCGCUCUGUACUGCCCGCCUAAACUCGACAGUUGCGCAGCCCGCCACGGCGGGCGCAGCUGCCGCAGAGCUGGAGCUUUCUGAUAAUACCGCAGCUACGGGGAUCGCGAGCUGCGGGGAAAUGGAGAGCGAGCCAGACAUGUCCCGGAUCUUUUCGGUAUUUCCACGGGCAUCGGACAUCAGCCUGGACCAACUGCCCGGGGCCUCCAACUUCGGUCGGAAAACAUACUCUGUGGCCCGCUCCAGCACCGGAAACCUGCCAGUGUACUCUGAGUACAAGUCGGGCAAGGUUUAUACCGAGGUGCGCAAGAUCAGCGGUGACAUCAUCCAGCUGCGCGAUGAUCUGCAGCAGCGCCUACCGAAGAUCCCCCGCGACUCGUGGACGGUCAUAAUGCAGUCGAAAAAGCUGCUCAUCAAGGGGUACUACGUACGUGAAAUCAAGCACGUGCUAUCAAGCACUUUCUAG